AUGUCGGACUUUGAAGAUGAGAUGGACAUCGACGCCCCCGCAACGUCCAAGGACGUGAUUUUCUCCUCGGAAGCUACCAAGGGCAAACGAAGUACAGCAAACCUCCCCGUCGAAGCCGAAGACAGUUUGCCAUGGAUCGAAAAAUACCGACCCGCAACCCUCGACGACGUCUCGGGCCACCAAGAUAUCCUCGCCACCAUCAACAAAUUCGUCGACUCCAAUCGCCUCCCUCACCUGCUCCUCUAUGGACCCCCGGGGACAGGGAAGACGUCGACAAUCCUAGCCCUCGCUCGGCGCAUCUACGGAGCUGCCAACAUGCGCCAAAUGGUGCUGGAGCUCAACGCCUCGGACGACCGAGGCAUCGACGUGGUGCGCGAGCAAAUCAAGACCUUUGCCAGCACCAAGCAAAUCUUUACCAUGGGCGCCUCGGCAAAGUCCUCGAUUGCUGGGUUCAAGCUGAUUAUCCUGGACGAGGCGGAUGCCAUGACCAACACGGCGCAGAUGGCGCUGCGACGAAUCAUGGAGAAGUACACUGUCAAUACGAGAUUCUGCAUCAUUGCGAAUUACUCGCACAAGCUGAGUCCCGCGCUGCUGAGUAGGUGUACCAGGUUUAGAUUCAGCCCACUCAAGGAGGGGGACAUUCGGGUCUUGGUGGAAAAGGUCGUCGAGGAGGAGAAUGUGCAGAUUGGUGGGGAGGCGGUGGACGCCCUGAUCAAACUCAGCAAGGGUGAUAUGAGAAGGGCCUUGAAUGUGCUGCAGGCUUGCCACGCUUCAAGUACGCCUCUCCAGGCGAAGAAUGCGCCCAAGAUUCCAGAGAGCGAGAUCAAGCGUGAGAUGAUUACGACGGAGACGAUAUAUAACUGCAUUGCGGCACCGCCGCCGGAUGCUAUCAAGGAGAUUGUGACAACGCUGCUGAACACGUCGGAUGUGAUGAGCUGUCUGAGCACGAUGAAUGCCCUCAAGGUGACGAGGGGCCUGGCGCUGGCAGAUAUCAUUACGGCGCUAUCGGAGGAGUUGGUCAAGCUGGAGGUUAGCCCGGAGGUGAUGAUAUCGUGGUUGGAUGGGUUGGCGGAUGUCGAGCAUAGAGUUGCCGGCGGCGGCAGUGAGACGGUGCAGACUGGUGCUGUUGUCGGGGUCUUUCCAAGCACCUGUCAAGCUCGGCCGCAGCCCCGACUGACUUCCGAGUACCAAACGACCAUUACAACAAAACUCCCCCACGAUCCUCCUUCCAACCCAAUCGAGACAGUAAAACAACCCGACCACCGUACAAUGGCGGCCGUCAGCCCCAGCGAGGGCUACUCCGACACCCAAGGCACCCCGAGCUCCCUUCCCGGCAGCCACGUCAUACCCAUGAUUGCUCCCAGCGAGAAGACUGUCCACAAGAUCCCGCCUAUCUUGCCGCGCGAGAGGGUCUUUCCAAUCCAGAUCGGCAGCGAACUGUUCAAAUUAUCCGGAGCAUCGCUCUCUUCAGAUGCGCCAUCCUACUUUUCGCAAUACUUUCUCUGCCAGAUGAAGCAAGCCGAAGAGCGCGGAGACGACGUGGGAAGCGCCAUCCGCACGCUAUACAUUGAUCGCGACCCAGAGACGUUCCGCGACAUUGCGCUCCAUCUGCAGGGCUACCAUGUCAUGCCUCGCGACGGCACGCAUUUCGUACGCCUCUUUGCUGAUGCGCAAUUCUACAGCCUCCCCAAGCUCAUAUCGCAGCUUUACGAAGAAAGCAUCUUCAUCUCCAUUGGGCACCGAGAAUUCCAAAUCCCUCGCGACCUCCUCACGGACCCGCGCAACUCGCCAAACUACUUCUCCCUCGGCUUCGCAUUCUUCUUCUCACGCCCAGACAACCUCUUCCCCGGCCUCGACCGCGAGUGCCUCAUCCGGCCGCCGUCCAUCCUGCCGCCUUCGGUGCCGAACCGCAACGCCGACACCUUUGCCGACCUCCUGCGCCUGUUGCGCGGGUACCCCAUCAACAUCCGCGACGAAACGCACCGGCUCGAGCUCCUCCGCGACGCCCGAUACUUCCACUUCAAAGGCCUGGAGCAGCAGCUCAUCCCGCACUCGAUAGCGUACAACUCGGUCCGCGGCCACGACGAAAUCGCCCUCCGCCUGGAGAACGUCCAAAAGAGCGGCAUCAGCAUCCUCCAGGACCGCCAGGAAGAAGACGCCCCCAACGAAAACGGCAUCAGCGCCCGCGUCAACUACGCGCGGCCCUAUGUCGAUGACAAGCCCGCCGAGCUGGUGCUCGAGAUUGCCAACGAAUCAAGCAGGAUCCACUUCCUCCGCGACGGCCCGCGCCUGGAGCUCUUCAGGGACACAAAGACCCGCGUCGCCAAGCUGCUCGAGGUCAUCGCCACGAAGCUGAACCUGCCGCCCACCACACAGCCGCUAGGCCUGCUCAUGGCCUCGGGCGGCGCGUCCUCGCAGCCCGCCACGCCCGGCAACACCCUGCUCAGCGAGGACCUGGUCCGCGCCGUGCUGGGCCCCGACGCCGCCAUCACCCUGGACGGCAGCGAGUACGACCCCAGCUUCACCGGCGGGCCCGCUUCCGACGACGCCAACGGCGGCGCAGCCGGUCCGAGGAAGCGUAGGAGGAUCACGGACGGCAGCGACAAUAGCGAGACGUGGACCGUGGCCACGGGCCAGUGGAGGCUGCGGAUACAAGCUACAAGCAGCGGCAAGAGCGCCGUGGAGUGUGUCUUUGCCGCCGUCAAGCUAGACUGCUUCUCCGACGAGAGGGGCCGGAAUUCCCGCAAGUCGUUUCUGGUGUCGUAG